ACUCAUCCCAAACGGCAGCCAGGGAUCAAGGACGAGGUAGUGUGUCACCUGCUGGUCAUGUCAUGCUUGCACUGACCUCAGGUGGGCUGUAAAAUCUGAAUGCCCCGCGAUCAACUUACCUUGAGUGCCGUGUGCAACGUUGGGAUCCAAUAUGGCGGUGUGUGUGGGGGCGUGCGCACUCCUGGCUCACCCCUCUCACCCUGUAUCCCAGCCUCCUGAUAACACCCUGAUAACUUAUCACCCUUAAUAUAUCACUCUUUGAGUAGUGAUUUACCUUUUAUCAUAGGCUUUUCUUAAUUAACAAUUGUAUCGGUUUUUAUAUGCGAAUAUUAAGCUGGGUUCUGCUGGCAAGAGGCAAUGAAGGAAAAUGCGAGCGGAGGAUUGGGAGUAAAGGGGAUUAAGGAGCAUUGUAAGUGGUGUUGAAGGCUGUGAGUGGGUUCCAGUCACCUUCCAGACACCAUGACACUUUCACCUUCCUGACGUCUAUGAUCAUCUGGAAAGUAUAAACCUAUAGUGUGUGUUGUAAACAUGGAGAGGAGGAGACAGGGGAACGGCACUACCUUAGAUGGCUAUUCUGAGGCUGCAAAUAUCGUGGAUUCUGAUGGAAUUCUUGAUGACAAGCUCUUGGAAUCCGUAGCCCCAAGAAUUUCACUCAUAGAUGAUGUGAUGGUUGAAGAUGUGAAGCAAACGUUCUGUACUCGGUGUAGGACCAUCUCUACCAGCUUCUUGUCCACCUCCUAUGUGACCAGUGACACCAUUAGUAUUGGUAGCAACGGCAGGUGUAACUCAGGGGACUCUAAUACCAGGUUUUAUGUGGGAGAUCCAGAGUCAAUCCAGCGUGAUGCACAAAGUGACAGUGAUGAUGUACCUCUUCUUCGUGAUGGAGAUGAAGCUGAAGGAGGGCAUCGACGUCCACCAUCUUCAAGCAUUAGCUCCGACCAUUGUCAUACUCCACGAUUUAGUUCCCGAGCAUCGAGGCAAGCCAUGAUCAAGCUCUUUGUGGCAUGUGGCCUCACAACACUCUUUAUGAUUGCAGAAUGUAUAGGAGGAUACCUGGCAAACAGUAUUGCUAUUAUGUCUGAUGCUGCUCACUUACUCAGCGAUCUGACAUCUUUCAUUGUAUCCUUAGUAGCAAUAUACCUUGCCAUGCAACCUGCUUCAAAGAAAAUGAACUAUGGAUACCACAGAGCAGAGGUGUUGGGAGCAGUAGUGAGUGUUCUCAUCAUCUGGGUAAUCACUGGCAUCCUGGUUUAUGCUGCAAUUCAGAGAGUCAUCUCCAUGGAAUUUGAGGUGGAAGCAGAUACUAUGAUUAUUGUAUCUGCUCUAGGUGUUGUUAUUAAUAUCAUUCUUGGUGUUGUGCUUCAUGCAGGCAGUGGUGGACACGGUCACAGUCAUGGAGGUCUGGGUCAUAGUCACAGUCAGAGUGGACGUGGUGCUUCAUAUGAUCAAGAUGCCUCUAAUAAUAAUAUAAACAUCAGGGCAGCCUUCAUUCACGUAUUAGGGGAUUUAAUACAAAGCAUUGGCGUUUUAAUAGCUGCUUAUAUUAUUAGAUUUUAUCCCCAGUAUAAAGUAGCAGAUCCCAUCUGCACCUUCAUAUUCUCUGUCCUAGUGAUGAUAACAACAGUGCCUAUACUGAAGGAUUUGGGUACUGUUUUGAUGGAAGGCAUGCCACCUGGGAUUGACUAUGCUGCAGUCUGCUCAAACCUCACAGCAUUACCAGGGGUGAAAAUGGUUCACUCUCUACAUGUUUGGGCACUUACCCUAGAUAAAAAUGCAUGUUCAGUACAUUUAGCUAUCAGUAGUGAUACCAACCCAGAAGUUGUGCUAAGAGAUGCUCAAAGAGUUAUAAGAACCCGUCACCACAUCUUCCACACGACUAUUCAAGUAGAACAAUACCAGCCACAGCUCAUGGACAACUGUCAGCAGUGCCAGCCCCUCUCUAGAUGAAAGGUUUCGGUUGUUAGGGAUAUGUAUGUUUCAUUAAGUUAUAUGAUUAAAAGUUAUUCUUAUUUGCUCUAUUGUAUAUCAAGAGUCUACAUAAAUCUUUAUCUAUAGUCUCAAUCUUUUUUUUACCGUAUCAAGAUAGUCUACAUACUAUAGUGGGUAAGUGUUGUUAUGGUUGGAAGAAUGUUUAUUUUCCAUUAGGUAUUGUGACUUGCUCAUGAUCAUAAAUAUUGUAAAUAAGCAUUUAUGAAAGAUUCUCUGAAAUUUAAGAUUCUGCAUUAUAAGUUAAAAAGCUUAGUUUAUUUAUUUCUAAUUAUGUUUUUAAAUAUUACAUUCCAAUCUAUGCAAAUAUGCUAGUAAAUAUUUUAUAAAAAAAGCAAUAAUAUUACAAGGAAUUGAUUAUAAGAGUUUUGUAUUUUUUGUAAUGUAUAUUCUCGGCCAUAUGUCAUCCCCUUUUUAGAAAGAAUUACUGUAUAAUGGAAAUGAUUACACUUAAGUUUUUUUAAUCUUUUAUUUACCACAAGAAAUUGCUAUAAGACAUGCCCACAAAAUACAUCAAAGAUACAAAAUUUUUACUUGCCAAGAAUUAUAACGAAUUAUGAAUCCUAUUUGUAGCAGUGCAACAGAAGCUGAAUUAUACUAUACUAGAUCAUACUCUUUUGUCUAACUGUUGUACCAUUCUCUUUAUUUGUCAUUAAUGAAUAAAUAAUUUAAAAUCUUCAAAUAAAACCUGCACAAAUGACAACAGUUACUGGUACUUGCACACCAAAAUGAGUUUCUUGCAUGUUGUACAAUAUAACAAGUUGUAGUAGCAUGUUCAUUUCAUUUGUUGAAUAUUCUUUCAUGUUUAUACUUUUGUAUAUUUUAUUUGGUAAUGUUAUUACUGAGAAAAUAUGCAGUGUAUGUUAUGCAUUUAAUUUGUGUAUCAUUAACUUUGCAGAAUAGGAUGACCAAGGUGAAUAAAUCAGGGAUUUAAGAAAGGAUGGGUAUGGGUUGUCCCAGGGAAUACUGGAGAUUGGUUGUAAGUAGGAUUAAAGUGGUAGGUGCUUGAGCAUCCAGCAGGUGGGUGUGUAUGUGAGAGAGCGCACAACUACUGGAUGCUGUGUUAUAUCAGGGUGAGUGGAGACAAGUGGUUUUAGGGAUUUGACAUCUGUUAGAGUAAGACAAUUUAUGGAGGGAUUCAAGGAAAGCGGUUAGCCAGAACCGAGUCUUGAAAGGUGGAAAAUACAGGGCCAGUACUGUUCGCAGGAUCAUUUGAGUUGUGAUGUCUACCCCCUUCUAGCACGACAGCUAUUAAAUGAAUGAAGGUGUUUAUUUAUUUUUUUUUUUUUUUGGGGGGGGGGGGGUCAUCCUAUCUUGGUGAGAGAAGGUUGAUGUGGUUAAAACAAAAAAAAAAUGCCUUGUUUCAAGAAAAUAUAGAAAGUAAAUUUCCUGGAGUCCUGAAGGUGAGAAGUAGUGCCUGUAUGUACCUUGAAUGAGGGGUUGAGAUGUUGCUUGUCAGAUAAUCAUUCAAAUUUUAAUGUCUGAACUUCUGAUAAGAAGUGAUGAUUUUUUUCUGGGGAGGGGGGGGGGAGGUGAAUCACCCUCCCUACCUCAGGGCGAUGCCCGGUGUGUUAUAUUGAUAUUCAGAAUAUAAAAGCAAUGUAAUAAGAAAUAUAUAUACCUUUGUGUGUGUGUCAGUGAGUGAAUGAAUGAAUUUGCAUUACAUUUUUAAAUUAUGCAUGUUUGGGGAGAAGCCUCACCUUAGAAUCAUCCACUGUGAUUUAGUAGUGUGUCACAUUUACAGUCACUGCAGUACUCCUUCAGUUACUCAAUAUUCUCAGUUGUUUUUCACAAGAAAUGUACUAACUAAUGAAAACUGGAUAAUGUUUUGUUCCGUGUUAAUGAAAUUUUAAUUAAAAUUAUGAUUUUAUCACGGAAAAACAAGGGUGGCAGGCAGGAUGAAGAUCUUGGACCCAGUAUUCUCCUGUACAAAUUACUUAGUUUUAGCACCUCUUGUGUCAUUCAUACUGUUUGCCAGUUACAUUAUCACAGCUCAGUUUUAACUAACAUUUGCAUUUCGAUGAUAGCUUUGAAAGAAUUAAGAAAAUGAAAUAGACCGAGUUUUCAAAUGGAAAGCUUGUUGUAAAAAGUCAUUGUUUUGAACUCGAAGUGUAUCCAUUUACUAAUGGCUGGGAAUAUGCUGCACUGUAUUUUUUCUUUCCAUUUCUAAAGGGUGUCUAGAAAAUUUAGUAAAGACAUGUCUUAUACCGAGUUUGAGUUGAUGAGAAAAUUUUAGGAGCUACUGUGUAAUUUAAUGUUUUUAUUCUCAUACAUUGAAACGUUUUACCAAUGUGAUCCCCAUCUUGUGAAUAUUUUGUAAUUUGCAAAAUAAAUUUUUUUUUCUUUUAUAUUUUUAUGUAA